CUCAAGCUGCCAUAAUCACUGAAGAAGUAGCUGCUCUCACAAAAAAUCCAUGGAGAUGGUUCACUCCCAUAAGACACUUUUCCAACUCUGCCUUUUCUUACCUCUCCACUUCUCUUCACUGCUGCUUCUUUCACUAGCUUACACUGUUCCUGACAAGUACUUCAUCAACUGUGGAGCAAGCUCCAAUGCCAGCGACGACCACGGCCGGGUCUUUGUUGCCGACAGCAAUUCCCCUUCUUUCUCAACUGGGAAAAGCGAAGAAGUCAACAACAAAUCAACAUGGAUUCCAGAACUCUAUCGAACAGCAAGAGUUUACAGACAGCCAUGUUCUUAUAGCUUUGAAAUCGAGCAGAAUGAUACUUACAUAGUACGCCUCCAUUUCUUUGCUUACCUGUCACGUGUUGCUAAUCUAUAUGAUGCACUGUUCAAUGUUUCGGCUUCUGGGUUUUCACUUUUAACCAAUUUCAGCAUCCGAAACAGCAGUGGUUCUCCGGUGAUCAAGGAAUUCUUCCUCACCAUCCCACAAGGAGAGUUUAAAAUCCAUUUCAUACCUUCUCAAGACUCAUCUUUGGCUUUCGUAAACGCCAUAGAAGUCUUUCUUGCCAGCGAGACCCGCAUCACUGAUAAUGUUACUCGCGUUACUUCUGCUGGAAAUGUUGGUAACUACAAAGGUUUGCUCUCUCAGUCUCAGGUUCUGCAUACAAUCCAUAGGAUCAACUUUGGAGGUUCCCAAAAUGAAUUCGAUGAUGACUUGGGGAGGAAUUGGGUACUAGAUGAUAGUUACUUAAUACUCAACCGCGAUUCUGCAAAGAACAGCACUCCUUAUAGUCAGCUUAAUUACAACUCUACACUGGCCACAAGGUAUACUGCCCCAGAUGGUGUUUACCAGACAGCCAAACAGUUGAAGGAAGUCAGUGGCGUCAACGCCGGGCACUUAAAUUUAACUUGGCGUUUUCCCGUCAGUAAGAAUACUAGACACUUUGUUCGGGUCCAUUUGUGUGACAUAGUAUCAAAGAAUAUUAAUUUGCUGAUAUUCAAUCUCUAUAUAUAUAGCAACUUUGAUCAGUUGAUUGAUCCGUAUAAUAGAACUGAAGACUUUGCUGUUCCCUUUUUCAUCGAUUAUGUGGUUGAUUCAGAUGAUUCUGGAUUUACCAAUUUUAGUAUAAGCCCUUCAGAGAAUGACUCUGGCAUUCGUAAUGCGUUUUUGAAUGGGCUGGAGAUUAUGGAGUUCAUGAGCAAAUCAGGUCCCAUACCGGUGGAAUGUGAACCAGUCAAAAUCAAGAAGCACUCCCCUGUUAUAAAGAUUAUUGGUUCUGUAAGUAGUGGGGCAUUUGUCAUUUUGAUAAUAGUGGUGGUGUUGCGUUUGAAAUGCAAGAAGACAGAGCCUGAUCCAAGUUUGGGAGGGCUUCUUUAUGGAGGAAUAGCUUUUAUCAGGUUGACUGAAGGAAGUGCUAAUUUAUCCCAACCUUCGAAUCUGAACCUUAAUUGGAGGAUAUCUUUAGCUGAAUUACAGUAUGCAACUAAGAACUUCAGUGCAAAAUUUUUGAUUGGUGAGGGUGGAUUUGGAAAAGUGUAUAAAGGAACUCUUAGGAAUGGUAUGAAAGUGGCUGUGAAGCGAAGUGAAGCAGGACAUGGGCAGGGUAUUGAGGAAUUCCAAACGGAGAUCAUAGUGUUAUCUCAAAUCAGGCAUCACCAUCUUGUUUCUUUGAUUGGGUACUGCGAUGAAAGGUCUGAGAUGAUACUGGUUUAUGAACAUAUGGAAAAGGGGACUCUAAGAGAUCAUCUCUAUGAUUCAAAUGACAAUUCUGAGAGUUCAUCUUCAAGAUCUGAAUUAUCUUGGGAGCAAAGACUUGAAAUUUGUAUUGGUGCUGCCAAAGGCCUACGUUACCUACACACUGGUCCAGCUGGAGGAAUCAUUCACCGUGAUGUGAAGACCACAAACAUUUUGCUUGAUGAAAAUUAUGUGGCUAAAGUUGUUGACUUCGGCCUUUCAAAGUCGGGGCUUCCUGAUCCAGAACAUUUCACCAUGGGCGUAAAGGGUAGCUUUGGUUAUCUUGAUCCAGAAUACCUCACCACCCUACAAUUGACAGAAAAAUCUGAUGUGUACUCUUUUGGAGUUGUACUUCUUGAAAUUCUUUGUGCUAGACUGGCUAUUAACAAGUUGCUUCCAAUGGAGGAGAUGUGCCUAGCUGAAUGGGGGAUGCUGUGGCAAAGGAAAGGUCAACUUGAGAAAAUUAUUGAUCCGGUACUAGUUGGUAAAAUUAAGCCUAAUUCAUUGCGAAAGUUUGGUGAAACAGCUGAGAAGUGUUUGAAGACAAAUAGUGCUGACAGGCCUAAAAUGCAGGAAGUGCUAUAUGACUUGCAAUAUUCAUUGAUGCUUCAAGAAACUGCAAUGCACACAGACCCGCAUGAAGAAAGCACAACAAACGCUAUACUGGAGUUGCAGUUUCCUCUUGCUUGGCAUUUGCCUUCUGACAGAAUCCAAAUGGAGGAAGAUGAUCAUACACCCAUUGGAGGGGAUGAUGAUUCUGAUACAAAGUCUACUGAAAGUCAAAACCCAAUUAAGGAUUGAUGGUGCCAGAUAGUCUUCACUGGUUUGAGGAACAUUAGUUUAAGUUUAUGUGGCUUCCUGUCACCAUAAAACUGUAAAAUGCUUUAGGCUGUGCCUGUAAAAAUGCUUUAGUGUUGUACCCCAGAUUUUUAUAUAAUUAAGAAUCUUUAUUAUUUGAAUAUCAUUACAAUUA